UCACUGUGAUGUAUAACACAUACGUGAUUUCCUGCCCACCACUAUUGUUUUCCGUCAGAGUUCGAAUGUUUGCGGGCGUUGGUUAAUGGACUUAAUAGCUAUUAGCUAUGGUUCAUAGGCGAUUCCAAAAGACCCGUUAGUAGCUGCAGGAUUUACAGAGAGAAUCAAGAAAGAAUCAGAAGUACAAAUUGGGAUGGCUCUCGUUGUGAACUAUGUUCUCGGAGACCCAUCAGCUGUUUUGGAAUGUGCCAACAAGAUUAAGGAAGAGCUGAAAGAAAAGGGUGAACAGGAUAGAGCAGAGGCUACUGUUGCUCCAUUUGCUGAGGAUUUUGUUCUUGAGCAGGAUACUCUCAACAUUAAGAAAGAGGAGGAUUUGGAGGAUACAUCGUUAUCAAAUUUGGAAGUUACAAACAGCACUAAAAAAGAAACAGAAGUAACAUUUGAUGAAGAUGGAGCUGAGAAUUGUCAUUUGGAGGAUACAUCUACAAUAUUGGCACUUACGAACGACAUCAAACAAGAAGCAGAAAUAACAUUUGACGAGGAUGAAGUUCAGGAUUAUGUUCAUGAAGACCUGCUACCAGUUUCGGAAUUGACUAACAACAUUAAAAACGAGCCAGAAUUAACAAUCGACAAGGAUAAAAUGGAGAAUAAUGACAUGGUCUCAACAGAAUAUGCAUCAAAUACUACAUGGUCCAGCCAGAUUAUGGAAAAAUUCCCCAGCACUUCACGAGGAAAUGUUCUUCAAAAACUGAUACACGGUAAGCCGGAGACGGACCCGGAGACCUCGACACCCACUCUCAGUUGCGGCAUUCGACCCCAACAGAUUAUCUCAAAAAAGGACAGUGCCAUAAAUACAGAUAAGAACAGAUCACCACAAGGUGAACGGUGUGUAUUCAACUGCAGUUCGUGUCGGCAGAAGUUUUCGUCGAAAUACCAGCUCAUAAAGCAUGUAUUCAUCCACAUUGAUGGUGCAGAGCCACCUUCACAUGUUUGUAGAUGUUGCGGUUACGUGUAUAGAACUCGUGUCAGCCUGAGAAGACAUUUGAUGGUGCAGGAGAAUGGAUUAAGGCAUUCUGCGGGGAAACCUUACAAAUGUUACGACUGUGGCAAAUCAUUUGUUAAACCUAGUUAUUUCAAGGCCCACAAACAAGCACAUUGUAGAGUCAAGUCACGCAAAUGCCACAUAUGUGGCAAAUCAUUUUCAACUGCUAAUUAUCUGAAAUAUCAUAUUACUGAGCAUUCUGGAGUGAAGCCAUACAAAUGUGAGAUCUGUAGCAAAUCCUUCUGCACAGCUGGACGCCUAAAGUGCCACAAAUUUGUUCAUUCUGGGAUGAGGCCACAUAAAUGUGAUGUUUGUGGCAGAUUGUUUACUAGGGCUCAGCACCUGAAGGGCCAUACCCUAAUCCAUUCUGGAGUGAAGUCACACAAGUGUAAUGUUUGUGGCAAGUUCUUUCGUACAGCUACACAGCUGAAGACCCACGAAGCAGUACACUGUGUUGUAAAGCCACACAAAUGUGAGCUUUGUGGCAAGUCAUUUGGUACUGCUACCAAUCUAAAGUACCACGCACUGAAUCAUUCUGAAGUAACACCGCACAAAUGUGAUAUAUGUUCUAAAUUCUUUUCUAGAGCUCAAUAUUUGAGGCGACACAAGUAUUUGCAUUGUGAGCUCAAACCGUACCAAUGUGACGUGUGUUCUAAAUGCUAUGCUACUGCCGUAUGUCUCAAGGCACAUAAAGAGGUGCACGGCGCAAAGCGACACAAAUGUGUUGUGUGUAGUAAGUACUUUCGUACAGCUACCCAGUUGAAGAUCCACAGAGCAGUUCAUUCUGAUGUAAGAGUAAAGCCUCACAAAUGUGAUGUUUGUGGCAAAUCGUUUCUUACUGCCACAUAUCUGAAGUAUCACACACAAGCCCAUUUUGGGGUUAAGCCAUACAGAUGUGGUGUAUGUAGCAAAUCCUUUCGUACGAGUUCCAAUCUGAGGCAUCACGCAGCUGUACACUUUGAUAUUAAGCCGUACAAAUGUGAGGUUUGUGGCAAAUCGUUUGCUAGAGCUGACGGCGUGAAGAGCCACGCACUAAUCCAUUCGGAUGUGAAAGCGCACAAGUGUGACGUAUGUAGUAAAACCUUUCGUACGAUUUCCAACCUGAAGCGACACACAGUAGUACAUUCUCCUAUUAAGCCACACAAAUGUGAGGUUUGCGGCAGAUUGUUUGCUAGGGCCUCCGAUAUGAGGGGCCACGCGCUAAUCCAUGCUGAAGUGAAGCUACACAAGUGUGACGUGUGUAGCAAAUCCUUUGGUAGGCGCAUUCAUCUCAAGCAACAUUUGUUGGUGCAUUGUGCGGUGAGGCCACACAAAUGUGAUUUGUGUCACAAAGCUUUCCGUACACCUGCCUGUCUGAAGAGACAUUCAUUGACACACACUGAUAUUAAGGAACACAAAUGUGGUGUGUGUCAUAAGACCUUUGUGAAAGCUGCUCACCUCAAGAAGCAUAAACUCGCACAUCCUGAGCUGAAACUAUUCAAAUGAUGUAUUUGUGGCAAAUUGUAGACUUGGAGGCUGACUGUGUGAAGGGCCACACACACUGGAAUUGGCCACACAAAUGAGACAUUAACGGAAAGUCCUUUUAUUGAAACUGGUACCCUCGGGACACUUCUCUGAAGCAUAGAGGGAAGCGAUGAUACAGGUGAGAUAGAAUGAGAUUUUCACUCUGCAGCGGAGUGUGCGCUGAUAUGAAACUUCCUGGCAGAUUAAAAAAAAGCUGUGAGUACCGGGCGUGAGUCGUGCUUCGGUAGCUCAGAUGGUAGAGCACUUACCCGCGAAAGGCAAAGGUCCCGAGUUCGAGUCUCGGUCGGGCACACAGUUUUAAUCAGCGCUAUAAACAUCUUGCCACUCUUGUUCCUUGAUAAGGUUUACAAAGGUCUCUACAGCAUCUGGAUCAGCUUUCCUAAACAGCUGAUGACUAUAUUUAACACGUCUUGUGGCACAAAAAUCUUUUAUAGUUAAAAUUUGUGCCUCAUGCUCUGAAAGGCCAUUCACCUUUUUGCUAACAGAAUGCCCUUCUAGUAAUGAGGAAUGAACAAAAAUGUUGUCUUUGCACGAACUUUUCAAACGCCCCUCGUAUGUCAAGUGUACGUAACAGAAAUUCACCAAGUAGGACUGUGACGAAAAUUAGGAGACGACAGCUCCAAAAGGCACCGCGGAACUGAAUGUUGCACUGGUGAACACCGUCAGUGACAAAACAGUGUAAAGGGAGCUCUCAAAACAGGGAAUUGCAGGGCAAGCUGGAAUUCAAAAAUCUCUCAUCAGUGAUGCAAAUGUCCAUAACAGGAAAAAACGUGAUGCCAGAGCCAUAAAACUUGGGAUAUGCAGCAAAGGAAGGGAGAAAUUUGCUUUGGUGAGUCUUUUCACACUGUUUACAAUUUCUGUUCAAGUUUAAGUCCCAAAGAGCAAAAUGUGUUUGGGGUUUGCUAAUAAUUGAGCAGCUAUAUUGUAGUAUUCGAUGGGCCUCACAAGUGAUCUGCGAGGUCGCGUGACUGCCGAGGUUUAUUUUACCAUUUUGGCUAAUCGGGUGCAUCUCGUGGUAUAGUAUUUGUUUCCUAAUUGUGAUGCUGUGUUGAGACGACAGGACCCCUCUUCGCACAGCUUGCAUCGUCCAGGACUAGUUUUGUGAGCACGAGGAUGAAUUGUCGCAUAUCUACUCUGGAAAGAAUGGUGCGUGAUCACUGUCUGCCUCUGUCAGCACCUAAACUUACCUCUGUUUUACAGGGCGAUUGGUAUAAGAUUCUCUGGAAAAUCAUACAGGACCUGGAUUUAUUCGUUCAGAUAUGACUGGAAUAUGUUAUGAAUGCCCACAGUUUUCCUACAGCUUAUUAGGCAUGGAAAUGUGUGUUGUGUUUGUGGUGUUUCCAUAUUUCUGUCCACCUCAUGUAUGUAAAAGACAAGUGAAACCCCCAGCUACACUAUGUGAUCAGAAGUCUACGGACACCGGGCUGAAAAUGACUUAAAAAGUUUGUGAAACUCUCCAUCGGUAAUGCUGGAAUUCAGUAUGGUGUUGGCCCACCCUUAGCCUUGAUGACAGCUUCCACUCGCAGGAAGGUUUCAUGGGGAAUGGCAGCCUAUUCUUCACGAAGUGCUGCAUUGUGGAGAGGUAUUAAUGUCAACAUUCCAAAACAUCCCUAAGGUAUUUGUAGGAUUCUGGUCAUGACUCUGUGCAGGCUACUCCAUUACAGGGAUGUUAUUGUCACGUAACCACUCAGCCACAGGCCGUGCAUUAUGAACAGGUUGCUCGAUCGUGUUGAAAGAUGCAGUCGCCAUCCCCCGAAUUGCUCUUCAACAGUGGGAAGCGAGAAGGUGCUUAAAACAUCAAUGUAGGCCUGUGCUGUGAUGGUACCACGCAAAACAAUGAGGGGUGCAAGCCCCUACCACGAAAAACACGACCACCCCGUAACACCACCGCUUCCAAAUUUUACUGUUGGCACUACACACAAUGGCAGAUGACAUUCACCGGGCGUUCGCCAUACCCACUCCCUGCCAUCGGGUCGUCACAUUGUGUAUCAUGAUUCGUUACUCCAAACAAUGUUUUUUCCACUGUUCAAUUGUCCAAUGUUUACACUUCUUACACAGAGUGUGGCUUCAUUUAGCUUUUACCCGGUGUAAUGCGUGGCUUAUGAGCAGCCACUUGACCAAGAAAUCCAAGUUUUCUCACCUCCCUCAUAACUGUCAUAGUACUUGCAAUGGAUCCUGAUGCAGUUUGGAAUUCCUUCGUGAUGGUCUAGAUAGAUGUCUGCCUAUUACCCAUUAUGACCCUCUUUAACGGUCAACGUCUCUGUGAGUAAACGGAUGAGGUUGGCCUGAAUGCUUUUGUGCUGUACAUGUCCCUUCACGUUUCAAAUUCACUGUCACAUCGGAAAUGGUGAACCUAGGGAUGUCAAGGACUGCAAAAAUCUUGGGUACAUAUGUAUGACACAAGUGACACCCAAUAACCUGACCAGGUUCAAAGUCCGUGAGUUCCGGAGCGCCCCAUUCUGCUCUCUCACGAUGUCAAAUGACUACUGAGGUCUCUGAUAUUACCUAGCAGUAGGUGGCAGCACAAUACACCUAAUAUGAAAAAUGUAUGUUUUUGGGGGGGUGCGGAUACUUUUGAUCACAUAGUGUAUAAAUGACAGACAUAAGGUGCUGCAUUACAACAUGAUCAGGAGCCAGACUACAAUCAAGGGUGCCACUGCAGAUUUUCUUAGAAUGAUGAUAAUCACAGAUUUUUUAAAUUCCUUCACCAAAAAAGAUAAAGUAAAUUUUUCAGAAUUUGAAUCAAGAACAGCUGCCAACAUGAGUAACUUAGCAGUUAGAUAUCUUCGGUAAAGCAAAGCAGCUGAAAUUGCUUAACCAAACCAAGUCUUCUGGUCCAGAUAGUACAUCAGUUAGCUACCUUUAAGACUAUGCUGAAAUAUUAGCUGCAUUCUUGACAAAAAUUCUUACACCUGCUUGGUCAAUGAAAGAUCUGUACCUCAAGACUGGAAAAUUGCACAAGUCACACCAGUACUCAAGAAAGGAAACUGAAGUAAUCUGCUAAGCUGCAGGCCCACAUCACUGACACUGAUUUACAGUAUUAUUUUAGAACUGUUGUCAAAAGUUAUGAAUUACCUCGAAGAAAAUGAUCUGCUCACACACAGCUAGCAGGGAUCUAGGAAAUAUCGUUUCUGUGGAACACAUCUAGCUCUUUAUUCAUGUGAAAUAAUGAGUGUCAUUGACGGGGGAUCUCAAAUUAAUUGUAUAUCUGUAGAUUUUCAGAGAGCUUUUCACACCAUUGCUCACAAUCAACUUCAAACCAAAUUGUGUUUCUAUGGAUUAUUGUCUCAGUGUGCAACUACAUUUGUGAUUUCAUGUCAAAAAAGUUGCAAUUAAUAGUAAAUGAUGAAAAAUAAUAGAGUAAAACCUGACAUUCUUCACUGAAGUGUUACAGGUGCUCUGCUGCUCCCAGUCUACACAAAUGAUUUAGUAGACAAUCUGAGCAACGCUCCUAGAUUGUUUGCAGAUGAUGCUAUUGUUUACCAUCUAGUAAAAUCGGAAGGUUACAACUGAUUGCAAAGUGAUUUAGACAAGAUACCUGCGUGGAGCAAAAAGUGGCAGUUGACUCUAAAUAAUGAAAAAUGUGAGGUUAUCCACUUGCAGACAAAAAGGAGUAUGCUAAAUUUCGGUUACACAAUAAAUCACGCAAGUCUAAACACUGUCUGUUCAACUAAAUACAUAGGAAUUACUGCUAUGAACAACAUAAACUGGAAGAUCAAUUACAUAGAUAACAUUGUGGGAAGGUGAACCAAAGAGUGUGUUUUAUUGGCAGAACACUUAGCGUGUGCAACAGGUGUGCUGAAGAGAGUGCCUGCACUAUGCUUAUCUUUCCUCUUCUGGAGUCUUGCUGGUUGAUACAGGAUGCUUACCAGAUAGCACUGACAGAGGACAUCGUAAAUUCCAAAGGAGAGCUGCUCAUUUUGUGUUAUCGUGAAAUAAGGGAGGAGGGAAGUGUCACAGGUACGAUACUCCAGUUGGGGUGGCAGUCAUUGAAUGGAAGGCAAUUCUUAUUGUGGAGAGAUCUUUUCAAAGAAUUUCAAUCACCAAUUUUCUCUUUCAAAUGCAAAAUAUUUUCUUGAUGCCCACCUGCACAGGGAGAAAUGGUCAUAGUGAUAAAAUAAGAGGAAUCAGAGCUCACACGGGAAUAUUUAUUUAUUCGUUUUACCUACAUUUUUCCUGAGUGUGGAACAGUAGAGAAAUAGUCUGAAGGUGGUGCGAUGAACCCUCCACCAAGCAUUUAAAUGUAAAUCACAGAUUAGUUUUGUAGACGUACUUCCGAUGUGUAUUUAUAUUAUCUGAGGAACAAAAUAGUCCAUUGUCGCACAUGUAAUGCUCUCUCGCUCACUGCAUGCAAGUUUAUGUCUUCACGGACUGCUGAAAGAGCUGAUAUUUUUGUGGCAUCAUAUAAAACUACAUUUUAUUUUUGUGGUUAUAAAAUAUGAAACAAAAAACUAACCAAUUUUUUAAAAACUGACUUAUGUACAAAGAUGUUCUUUGAAAUAAACAAAUUCCUCCAGCUGUCCAUGAA